AUGGUCGACGCUACCGUUCUCCUCGUGCUCCGAAUCAUGACGGCGCUGUCGUCGCUCAUGGUCUCGCUGAGCCCCGCCUUCUCCAUCUACAAGAUCUACCAGAACAAGACCGUCGGCAACAUCUCCAUCGUCCCGUUCGUCUCGCUGCUUGGCAACGCCCAUAUGUGGUGCUUGUACGGAUAUUUCUGCGGCAACUUCUUCCCCGUGGUCGUCUCGUUCGGCUUCGGCGACUUCGCCGCGCUCACCUACAUCGCCGUCUACUACAAGUUCGCUGAAGACCGCAAGUACGUGCUCCAGAUCUUCGGUGGUGCAGCCUCCGACUACGCGGGUAUCAGCCGCGUCCUCGGUUACAUGGGCAUCAUCGCUGCCGUUAUCCUGUAUGGAGCACCGUUCGAGAAGGCUCUGUUCGUACUGCGCAACAAGAACGCAGCACCCAUUCAGCUCCCGAUGGUCAUCUGCGGUGCAACCAACAACGCGCUGUGGGUCAUCUACACGCCGCUGGACAGCAACUGGUUCAUAUUCAUCCCGAACGCGAUCUGCGUCGUGCUCGGCUUCGUGCUACCGGUGCUGCUGCUCAGACCACCAUUGACCUGCCCGACGACGACAUCGCCAUCCAGAUCGUCAUUUCCCCCAAAUCCGAGAUGCAGGGCAAAGUGGCGAGUGCGAGCCCGAGCUUCCAGCCGAUGCCGUCGCCUCUGCUCCCGCUCAGCCGCGAGAACUCGUUCCAACUGA